CGAUAAUACACCGCCCUCCCUGGACACCUCGGUCGCAACUCAGCUUCUCAUCACAACGCGGAACCAUGUCGAACCGUGUUGUCACUUUCGGUGGCGCUGCACUUGCUGCGGGUGUAGGUUACUACUUCUACCAGGCCGGUGGUGACCCAAAAGUCGCCCAGAAGAAAGCCGAAGCCGACGCGGCCAAGAUCUCCAACGAAGUCAAGUCGAACCUCCCAGGCUCAGGCAAAGAGGCGAAGAAGGAAGCGGAGGCAUAUGGUCAGGAAGCGCAGAGCAAGGUAAACCAGCUCUACAAAGACGCGAAGAACGAGGCUUCUAAAAUCGACGAUAAGCUUGAGGCAUACCGUAAGGACGCCGCGGCCCAGCUGAACAGCGCAGCGAAAGACGCGUCGACUAGCGCGAACAAGGCGAUUGACAAGUUCGACAAGAAUGUGACAGAGGGUGCAGAGAAGGCCAAGAGCGGCAUCUCCAGCUGGUUUGGUGGCUCCAAGUAGAUGGACAAUCGGCACGGACGAGAGGAAUGAGCAAUGACUUGCGAGAUGCAUGCCACAGACAGUACAUGUAAUUGCAUUCAGACCCUGUAUAGUCUCGCUACGAAGCAGCUCUAA